AUGCUGGAAGAAACUGGACAAGGUAGAAUGAUUGUUAAAUAUUCUUUUCAAGUUCCCGAGUGUAUUAAUCAAAGACAAUUGUUACGUCUGAAUGCAAAUGAUAUGGAUGAGGCAGACAGUGAAUUCGGUCGAGUAUCAUAUCAUCUCAGUGAUCAGACACAAAACUUUGAACAACUAAGACAACGACUAUUUAUUUCAGGAGAAUAUAUCUACCUAACUGAUUUAGGAUUAAAAGACUUAAAUCAAGCAAAUUUAACAUUAAUUGUAACAGCAACUGAUGGUGCUGGUAGAAGCAGUGAUGCAUGGAUUCAUCUUCUAGUGCAAGACUGUAAUGACCACAAACCAAUGAUCAUUAUGAGGAACACUGAAUUCUCAGUUGUAGAAAAUGCCAUCGGAAAUCAACAGUUGGUUAGUCUGAUAACUGUACGAGAUUUAGACUUGACUACAUCACCGAAUUCAGAGUUCCAGUGCAGUCUAAAUGAUACUGCGUAUUUAUCUCUAGUUGAAGUUAUGUCUGGACCAAAGUUAUCUGAACCACGAAAUUCAAACGGCAUGAAUUUAAAUAGCAGAUUUUUAUUCCAUAGACAACAGAGUGAAACAGCUGAUAAUAACGAUGGUUUAUCACGUCAAGGUAGAUGGGUUGUCUAUCGAUUAGAAACAAAGAAUUCAUCAUCGUUUGAUCGUGAAGCAACACCCUACUAUAAUGUAUUAUUACAGUGUUCAGAUAAAGGAUCACCUAUGCUUACAUCACAUCGUCUGAUAACAAUAAAUAUUCUUGAUGUAAAUGAUAAUCCACCGAUAUUUUUGAAUUCUCAACAAUCUCAAUCCCCUCAUUUAUCUCUACUGAAUACAGAUAGUCAUAGAAAAUUAUUUUAUCAAUCAUAUUUAUCAUCAAAUCCACAAAGAAUUGACCAAUCGUAUACUUAUCAAUUUGUUCUACCAGAAAACUCUUUACGUGGUACAAUUAUUGGUAGUGUUCAAGCGAUUGAUUUAGAUGCUGGGGAAAAUGGUAGAUUGAAUUUUGAACUGAAAAGUCAAAUUCCAUAUUUUGGAAACAAAAUGCUAUUGUCACCUAAUGAAAUUGAUAAUAUGACAAAAACGGAAUAUCAAAAUAUUGAUGAUAAUAAUAGUGACAAUGAGGGUCAGAGGAAGGAUAUUAGAUCACAUCGUGUAUUUAAUCUAGCUGCAAAUGGUGAAAUUCAAUUAAUAGAUGAAGUUGACAGAGAGAAAGUGGAUCGGUAUGAAUUGUAUAUUGUUGUGAGUGAUAAUGCAAAAACGAAUCGUCUGUCAUCAACAGCUACUGUUAUAAUUAAGAUAGAAGAUGUUAACGACUGUAGACCUGAAUUCUUUGGAGAUUAUGUAUUUGAAAUUGUGGAAAGUUAUGGUUCGUCUACAAUUCAUCAAAUUCUAGGAUCUGUUGUAGCUACAGAUAUGGAUUUGGGCAGAAAUGGAUCAAUAACAUAUCGACUUAGCUCCGAACAAGAUAAUAAUAAUAACCAUAACAAUUUAGUAGGCAAUAAAAUCCAUGGUCCAGCAUAUGCAUUCAACUCUCGAUUAAUUCAGAUCAGUCAUGAUGGCAAGCUUACUGUUUAUGGAGUGAUUGAUCGUGAAAAGACCCCUGUAAUUAUACUGACAGUUAUUGCUGAAGAUAAUGGCAUUCCUAUGAAGCUAUCCAACUCAGUGACUGUUACAGUUCAUGUCUUAGAUCUAAAUGAUAAUAAACCACGUUUCAUUGAAUCCUCAGCACUACGUUCUCAGUUAACAAAUAAAGCUGAUGGAGAAAAAAAUGUUCCGGACAACCCGAAUGUGAAUUUCAUAUCACCUGUAACUGGCUUUAAAUUGAACUUAAGUUUAGAUACAAAUGUUGGUACUCUGCUAACUGUGUUUGAGGCAUAUGAUCCAGACAAUGGUCCUAAUGGAACAGUUGUUUUUGAUAUGGCUUACUCAGGGACACUUGGUUUCUCCAAUGAAAUAAAAAGUCAUAAAAGCGGAGGAAGUGAUGAAGAAUCGGCUAGUGUUCCUACAUUCACUCUACAACCAGAUGGACGUCUUCUUUUAUCUAAACGAUUAAUUUAUUCUGACAUGAUAUCGCCUGCACCAAACAAUCUUCCAAAACGCUAUCGUCGACCAGAUAGAUUAUUGAUACGUGUAUCGGAUAAAGGGCCAACUCCAGAACAGUCGAUAACUAGUUUACAAAUAUUUUAUUAUGAUCCGAUUGAAACAAUACAGAAUACGUACUCUGAAAAUUAUGCACCAACAUCAAAUCGAAAAAAUGAUAUUAAAAGUGAUCAUGAAUAUUCAACAACUAAUCAAAAUACAGAAAAUGGAAACAAUAAAUAUUUUGCUUAUAAAUCAAAUGUUCAAACAUUAUUAGGUGGACGUGAAGGUGGAAAGUUAUCGUCAAAAUCAUUUAUGAGAUCAUCAGAAUUAACACAUUCCAAACCGUUUACUUUACCUGCUAUGUAUUUAUUAGCCUUAGCUGUUUGUUUAGCCCUAUUACUGGUGAUAAUUAGUUUUGCCUGUUUCUAUGUUAAAGUAAGAAAGACAAAUAUUGGAGAGAAUGGACAAGAAAAAUAUGAUAGUGUAGUGAAAACCGACGUUCAUGGAGACACACUGAAUAACAACAAGAAAAAUGUUGAUGGUGAUAUUCGUUUGGAUAAUACACUGACAUGUCAUUCGAAAAAGGAGUUGGAUGAAUCACAAACAUUUUCUGGCUCAGGGAAUAAAAUGAUUUCUGAUUGUGGUAUGAAUAGUCUUAAUUACAGGAGUCUGUCACCAACAUAUAUUGUACGUGGAUGUGAUCAUGUGAAUUUUCUUCCAUCUAACGAUGCAUACGUGGACACAGUUAUGUCUAUGCCUCAUUGGACAAUGAAUAGUUCGCAUUAUACUCCAUUAUCAAUUAGUCAAAUAAAUUCUGCCACAAAUUCGUAUUUACCAUCGACAAUUUCACAUAAUGACUCCAGGAAACAAUUUGUUAAUAGUAAUCAGAACCAAUUAGAAAAUCCUACAUCAUUUAAAACUCCCGACUCUUUAUAUGAAGAUCAAUCGUCUCCAGUAUUAUUCAAUAAAAUGGAGUUCUCCAAAACACUGAAUCGUCAAACACAGUACAAUUUACUUAUGGAUAAUCAAAUGGACGCUUCAAAUAUUAUCUCAAGAAGUGAAAACAAUGAUAAAAGUAGUAACUCUAUUGGUAAAACAUUCCAAACAGACGAUAUGACUACAACUGCCACAAAUUUUGUCCCUAACUCUCAAAACACCAAGUCAAUUGUAAUGCCACCUAAGCGUAAUUUGAGUGAUAAGUCUAUCCUGAAUACAUCAACUCAAAAAUACAAUGAAUUAAAGUCAGCCAGUGAAACACCUACGACCAUCUCAGCCUCAGUCUCAAAUAAUAGUGAUAUAACGCUCUCUGCAAUGCAAAAAUCUAAAUGCAAGUUAUUUACAUCUAAAAAGAAUGAAAUAUCUAAAAGUCAGAAUCAAAGUCAUAAUCAGACAAGUGACAAUGAUACAUUUCAUCGUCUCCCUGUUUCUAUUGACUUGAAUCAUGUUAGUAUCAUUGCACAAAGUAAAUCAAGUGAUCUACCUCAAUUAACAUCUUCAUUUGUUUAA